UACCGUGUUCAGCGCGUCAUCGGCGGGAUUCGGUGAUGCAACAUCAGUAAACGCGUCGGUUUUCCCGGUAAAAGCGUGUGAACGGGGAUCUCCUCCAUCACACGAGCUCCUCACUGCGGAUUCGCGCGCUCUCUUUCACUUCAUCUUAUAUAACGGCGGUCGACAGGACGGGACAGAAGCAUCUGAACUCCAGCUGUCGUCUUCUGCAAGCAUCUGGAGUACAGAGAGCACACAGACUUGAUCAUGGCAGAACCGGAGCUGUCGUCCCCCGCGGACCCAUCCCUGCGGUCUCCACGCUCAGCGCCACUGUCGCUGUCCUUCCCGUUCCUGCGCGAGGGCAGCCGCGUCUGGGAGAGAGCCGCGCUGCAGCCCGGGGAGUUACCGAGCCCUCUGCCCACCAAACGCACCCGCACGUACUCCGCGACUGUGCGCGCUAACGCGGGUCCUGUCUUUAAAGGCGUGUGUAAAAACUUCUCACGCUCGCAGGGUCACGGCUACAUCAGACCGGCUCACGGCGGAGAGGACAUCUUCGUUCACAUCUCAGAUAUUGAAGGAGAGUACGUUCCUAUGGAGGGGGACGAGGUCACGUACAAGGUCUGUCCCAUCCCGCCCAAGAACGUGAAAGUCCAGGCCGUGGAGGUGCUCAUCACGCACCUGAAGCCAGGAACCAAACACGAGACUUGGUCGGGCCAGAUCAUCAGCUCCUAGGACCCGCCCGCAAGAGAGGAUUGUUGUGAGAGCAAAGCAUCAUGGGAGCAAGGCUGUUGAAAGUUGAAGGGUGCAGAGAAUGUAACAUGAGUUCAGCCGUCUAAAGUAGACGGGCUGCGUUAUGAGAAACGCUUAGAAACAGACUCUAUAUGUAAGUGCACAAAUACACAAACUCAAUUUCAUACGUUUCUGUUGCAUUGUUGACGCUCACAGUGCCAAUUUACAGUGCUGUUUGAACAGAUUCAGGUUUGUUGCCAAUGCUUUAGUGUGUUUGUGUACUUGCAUAAAGUUUGUUUCUGGUUAAACGAGUUACAUGUAGUUGGAGACAGAGAGAGAUUGUGAAAUGAUGGUUGAACAUCCUCAAAUUGAACUGUGAACGAAUCGAACGCAUCGAUCCAGAGGCACACGUGCUACACUUGUGGCUGGUUUUGGCUCUUAUAUUUAUUUUUGUUUAUUUAUGCAGUAAUUUGUGAUAAUUCUGUAUUAAAUUGAUGGUAAUAGGGCGAAGCUCACAAAACCUUCAUCGUCAUAUUCACCUCAAAAUCAAAAGGUUCAGAAAUUAUGAUCUGCAUAAAAUUGUUUUCAGGACAAUUAAACACAUUUACCCCCGAAUUCUUAUUACUGGAAUGCAGAAAAACAUAUAUUCUAUUUAAUCUGUAAAGUAUUUAGGGGCCAAUCACCGAAGGUGUACCUAUUGUAACUCCUCCUAGGCCAUUGCUCCGAUUUUCACGAACAUUUAACCAGAUCAUCUUCAGGCCAUGCCGAUAAAAAGUAAUGGACAUUUAGUCAAACCGUUUUCGAAAAACGUGCACUUGCGAAAAUAGACAUAAGGCUGUAUCUCCUCAACACUUUAUGGUAUUCAGACCAAACUUGGUCCAUGUCAUCACAAGCAUGACCUGAGUUUACAUGCUGCAUUUCGGCGCAGUGCCACCUACUGGUCCGGAGAUAUGAAAAAUGGCUGUUUUUGCUUACAACUUCUGAACAGUUUGUCCAAAAAGUGGUCUCGUUAGAUUCAGGACAUCAUGCCGAGUCAAAUUAUAUCCAGUUUUGCCAUAUUGGCCAUUUUGAAUUUUGUGCUAAAAUGCUGUAUUUUAUGAACGCAUUAGCGUAUCAUUACGAAACUCGGUAUUGGUCAUCAGCACGAUACCCUGGAUGAGCCUGAGAAGUUUCAAGCCAGAGCCCCCUAGUGUUAAAUCAAAUAUUCAAAUGCUUAUAACUUUGGGUGUGGUUGACUUAUUUUCAUGGGACUCCUGAAUCCUUGUCUAGUCCAAUGAAACUAAACAUGCUAGGUUUCACAUCAUGGUUUGUGCAACGUGGUGAUUUAGCAUUAAAACAACUUUCGCCAAUAUCUUUGAAACCGUUAGUUUGAUCGAGACGAAACCACCAUAGGAAAUUCAGAAACAUAGGUUUUUGGCUAAACAGUAAUGGCCAAAUGUCAAAAUAUUGAUAGUAAGUGGCAACAAAACGCAAACAAAGUCGGCAGUUGGUCUUUUUUUUAUUUUUUUAUUUUUUUAUGUUCUCAUAGAUAUAAAUGUAUAUAACUCCAAAACAGAAUUAGAUAUUUUCACCAAAUUUGACACACACAUGUAUGGGCUCACUUUGAGGACACAUAAUAAAAGUGGUGUGAUUGUGCCUCUUGGUGGCACUAUAAUUGAUCAAAACACGAAAUUGCCAUUAACUACAAUACAGUAUUAUGAUAUAAAAUGCUAUAUUUUAUGAAUGCAUUGGUGUACCAUUACUAAACUCAGUAUGUGCCAUCAGCACCAUCCUCUGAAGGUACUCAAAAGGUUUUGAGACAGCACCACCUUGUGGUCAAAUGAUAUAAUGAAAUUUUUUAAAAAUGCUGAUAGCUGUUGAUUAAUUUAACCUAUUGUAAUCAUGACACUUAAUAGAUUCCUUGGGUCAUGCCGAGAACAUAGAUACCAAUGUUGCCAUAGUUGGCCAAGCUUGCUGUCCACCAUUUUGAUUUUCUUUAAAAACCUAGACCGUUAGUCCGAUUUUCACCAAAUUUGAGUCAGAUCACCUUUCAGAUAAUGCCGGCAAAAAGUUAUGGAUUUCUUGUCAAUAGACAAAACUGUUUUCUUAUAGCGCAGCAACAAAUUUGAGGCAUGAUGCAAAAACGACUCUUGAAGCUGUAUCUCUGCAAUGCUUUGACAUGUUGACACCAAACUUUGCAUGUUUCAUUGUCACCUCACUCUGACCACACCACAUCAGUCUGGUCACAGCGCCAUCCAAUUGGUUGACUGUGAUAAACCUUUCAAUCAUAUUUCUAAUGACUGUAUUUAUGAUUUUCAGCCAAUUUGCCUAAAAUCAACUUAAAAUGUUGUUACUUUCCUGUUAUUGCAGCUAGUCUGAUGCUCCCAGCCAUGUUGGCAUGGCUUAUUGUGCUGUUUUUGGCCCCGUAAUUGCUGCUUACAGCUAUGUUUAAACAUUGCAAUUGUACUUUUGUUGUACUGACUUUAUGGAUUUUAAUGCAUUUUACUGAUUUUAAUUUAAAAUCAUUGUUUUACAGUAAUAAUGAGAAUUAUCACUGAUGUUUUACUUACAGUAGUGAGAAUUUAGGGGGGCAAAUGUUUCUUUCUCAUUAAAGUCGCAAUGCAAAAAUCGUAAUGGUCCUAAAACUAACCUUAAUCUUCAUUAUGCAAAAUAUUUUCAUUUGAUUUCAGAGUGAAAUACGAGUCGGACAUGAUCUUGACAGGUUUGGAGCGCUUCGUCCAUUAAGCUCUGUUAUAUAUGCUGGAACUGAAGCAUCAUGGACUAAUAUUGCACUUGAAACUUGAAACCCCAAAUAUAAAUAUACUGCCAAACUGACUUCAUCUCCCAGAAUUCUCGGGAGUCUUUCAGGGUAAAACAAGCAGCAUUUUGUAGACAAGCUGAAGAAUAACAGUCGGCUAGCAAAACAGUUUAAAAAAACUUUCACAGCAAAGAUCUUGUGUUAUUUUUGCUAUAUGUAUGUGACAAUGUUUGUGAUGAGGUAAUGACAGUGAUGCACUGUUGCGGUAAAUGUUUGGUCACAUGAUCUGUUGCAUGUUCUUGAGUUUGUCUUGUGAUUUGAUCGUCAGAUUUCUAUAAGCUUCUAGACCCUCGGUUGGGUUUUAACUGUUGUUUGUUUUUUUAAAUGUUUUUAUUUUCAGCACUUUUUAGAGCUCAGAUCACUGUGGUCGACGUCAUUUCUUUGUGAACUUUGACAGACUAAUAAAAUUAAUUUAUGAUUCA